AUGAGCGAGAUGAAGGUCGACCACGACGCCAACCAGAUCGAUGAGGGUUUGUACAGCAGGCAAUUGUAUGUCCUUGGACACGAUGCCAUGAAGCGCAUGGCAGUAAGCAACGUCCUCAUCGUCGGACUCAAAGGCUUGGGCGCUGAGAUCGCCAAGAACGUUGCGCUUGCGGGUGUCAAGUCUGUAACCCUGUACGACCCAGCCAAGGUGGAGAUCCAAGACCUUUCUUCGCAGUUCUUCUUGCGGCCUUCUGACAUCCGAAGCGGACACACUCGAGCGGAGGCGACUGCGCCGCGGUUAGCAGAACUCAAUUCUUACGUACCAGUCAAGGUGCUGGAGGAGAAGGAGCUGACGAAGGAGGUGCUUUCACGCUACCAGGCUGUUGUCCUCACCGAUCAGCCGCUUUCGCGCCAGCUUGCGAUCAACGACAUUACGCACUCUUCGAGGACCCACUUUGUCGCAGCAGACGUGCGCGGUCUCUUUGGCAGCGUUUUCUGCGACUUUGGCGAAAAGUUCCCCUGCAUCGACCCGACUGGCGAGCAGCCUCUGAACGGCAUGGUCACUUCGAUCGACAAGAGCGCCGAUGGGCUCGUCACGACGCUCGACGAGACGAGGCAUGGGCUGGAAGACGGAGACUACGUGACGUUCAGCGAGGUGCAAGGGCUGGAAGAGCUGAAUGGGUGCAAGCCCCGAAAGGUUACCAUCAAGGGCCCCUACACAUUCACGAUCGGCGACACGACCGGCCUUCAAGGGGAAUAUAAGCGUGGAGGUACCUUUACACAGGUCAAGAUGCCGAAAGUGAUCGACUUUAAGAGCCUCAAGGAAAGUCUCAAAGCACCAGAGCACCUUAUCUCAGACUUUGCCAAAUUCGACCGCCCGCCCACGCUGCACGCUGGCUGGCAAGCCCUUUCUGCAUUCUGGGACAGGGAAGGGCGAUUACCAGAGCCAAGGAGCGAGUCAGACGCCCGGAUUGUGCUUGCUCUCGCCAAAGAGAUAUUCAAGGCCGCCGGCACCGAGGGUGAACUGCAGGAGAACGUGGUACUCGAGCUGGCAAAGCAGGCGCGAGGAGACCUGUCGCCGAUGGUCGCAUUUGUCGGUGGCUUUGUAGGACAAGAGGUGCUCAAGGCAUGCAGCGGUAAGUUCCACCCACUGCUCCAGCACAUGUACGUCGACUCUCUAGAGUCGCUGCCUGCGGACACGAACAAGCUGCCCGAGUCGGACUUUGCGCCUCUCGGCACGCGCUAUGACGCGCAGAUCGCUGUCUUUGGCAAGGGCUUCCAGGAGAAGAUCGGCAACGCACGACAGUUUCUCGUCGGUGCCGGUGCGAUCGGCUGCGAGAUGCUAAAAAACUGGGCAAUGAUGGGCCUGGCGACCGGGCCGCAAGGCGCCAUCCAUGUCACCGACAUGGACACGAUCGAGAAGAGCAAUCUCAAUCGCCAGUUUCUCUUCCGGCCCAAGGAUGUCGGCUCCUUCAAGGCAGACACUGCAGCAGCGGCCGUGACCGAGAUGAACCCGGACCUGAAGGGAAAGAUCGUCUCGCAUCAGAACAGAGUUGGCCCAGAGACCGAGGAUGUCUACGGAGACGACUUUUUCGAAAAGCUGAACGGCGUCACGAACGCACUGGACAACGUACAGGCGAGACAGUACAUGGAUCGGCGCUGCGUUUACUACGAAAAGCCGCUGCUCGAAUCGGGCACGCUCGGCACCAAGCUCAACACACAGGUCGUCGUUCCGCACCUCACUGAGUCAUACUCGUCCUCACAAGAUCCGCCCGAGAAAUCGAUCCCAGUAUGCACGCUGAAGAACUUUCCAAACGCCAUCGAACACACAAUCCAAUGGGCGCGCGAAAAGUUCGAUGAGCUGUUUAUUAAGCCUGCCGAGAACGUCAACCAGUAUCUGACCCAGCCAGAUUAUAUCGAAACGACGCUCAAAGCGGGCGGGAGUCAGACCGAGCAGGUGCGGCAAAUCAAGUCAUAUCUCGUCGAGGGUCGGCCGAUCUCGUUUGAGGCGUGCAUCGCGUGGGCUAGGCUCAAAUUUGAAGAGGACUACAACAACACCAUCCGACAGCUGCUCUUCAGCUUGCCUGCAGAUGCGGUCACUUCGUCCGGUCAGCCAUUCUGGUCGGGCCCCAAACGUGCGCCAAAGCCAAUCACGUUUGAUUCAACGGACCCGCUCCAUCUCGACUAUGUCAUCUCUGCAGCCAACUUGCACGCGUUUAACUACGGCUUGCGAGGCGAGCGGGAUCCAGCCGCCUUUCAAAAGGCGCUCGCCAAUGUCAAGGUUCCCGAGUUCACGCCCAAGAGCAAUGUCAAGGUGCAGACGAAUGACAAUGAGGCGCCGCAGCCGGCGGCCCAAGCGUCCGAGACGGAGCUGACGGAGCUUGCGAGCAGCCUGCCGCCGCCAUCUUCGAUGGCCGGAUUCCGGCUCACGCCAGUCGAGUUUGAGAAGGACGUCGAUGACAACUUCCACAUCGACUUCAUCGCCGCAGCGGCCAAUCUACGCGCGGUUAACUAUGCCAUCCAGACCGCUGACAAGCACAAGGUCAAAGGUAUCGCUGGCAAGAUCAUCCCGGCGCUCAUCACGUCGACAAGUGUCGCCAGUGGCCUUGUCUGCCUCGAGCUGUACAAGAUGCUCGAUAUGGAGCACAAGACCAUCGAGGACUAUAAAAAUUCCUUCGUCAAUCUUGCUCUACCGUUCGUAUCGUCCGCCGAGCCGAUCCCUCCCGCAAAGAACAAGUACUACGACAAAGAGUGGACGCUCUGGGACCGCUUCACUGUUCCAGGCAACCCGACUCUCGGCCAGCUCAUCGAGGAUUUCAAGACAAAGGAGAAGCUGGACAUCACCAUGGUCAGCUCGGGCGUUUCGAUGCUUUACUCACCUUUCGCCAAGAAUAAGAACGACAGGCUCAAGAUGCCCAUGAGGCAGUUGAUUGAGACUAUCAGCAAGAAGCCGAUCGAGCCACAUGUUAAGUGGACUGUUGUCGAGAUUAUGGCCGACGACGAAGACGGCGAGGAUGUUGAGGUGCGUCUGGGCAAAAAAAAAUUGUUGCACAACGCAGCUCUCUUACCUUCCCCUUCUUGA